UUAUACUAAACCAAGAAGUAGUCUUGGUGUGUGAAGUGACACCUGAUCUAUGUGUGAAAUGAUCCCUGAUCUCAAGCUUAACUUUCAGUUUAGGUGUUGGAGGUGACAGUGCUCAUAUUUUAGGUUUCGUGUUCAAGAAGUUCACAGAUCGUCUUCCAAAUACAAGCUUUUGAACUUGAAAAAUAUUCAGGUUUCUUGGUAGAAGAUUUAUAUUGGUUAGCUUACUGCUGCUGGGAGCAAAUUCACUGAAAUUAUGUGUUAGAAGCUACAAUUAAAAGGGAAAAAAUCAGGAGAAGGGCUCUCUGAAGUCCUCUUGGCUUACAGAAUGGGAUUACUCUUUCACCUCAUUUUUAGGUUUUAGUUUAGGAAAGAUGUUCAGCUUGUCACUCAACAGCUUGUCAGCAGUGUGUCUUAUGAUUAGAGACUUCACAGUCUUUAAAAUUUAUGAUGAUACUCUGCUAGACAUAGCUGGGGAUCACCUGUUUUUUGGCUCUCAGUAUGUUAUUUGAAACAUCUCCUUUAAUUCCUGUUAUCUGUGAGCUGCGUGCUCUUAGGAUAUUGCUCCUAUGAUACGAAUUGCUAAUGUCUGAAAGAACUGAAUACUGCUUGAGUCACCCUGACUCUGGAAUAUAACUGCAGUAAUUGAAAUGUUGAAACUCCUUAAACAACAUAGGCGGGAAGUCAAUUUUCUUGGAGUGAGUGUGAGAGUGCUGAACAGGGCAGCUGCUUGUGUGAGUACAUUGGAGAGAUUUAUAAUGGCAGCGUGUCUCUGGGUAUGUUUUCAGGUCCUGCCACUCUCCACAGCUUAACUGUCCAGUAUCCUGUGCUACGCAUCAAGAAGAUUAUGAGCUGUCCAGUGUGUGGCCUGGAUACAUGGAUGAUUCAGCAUGGUUUACAUUUGAAAAUACAGUUUUGUAACAUUAAACCAUAGAAAGACUGGAAGUAGUGGGGAGGAGGGGAGCACCCAAACAUCCUUCCUCUUUUUUGCAACAGCCGCAAAGGUGACAGUCCUAAAACAUUCCAUGCAUUACAAGGCACAUAUACGUUUUCACUACAACUUCUGUACAACUUAAAAUUUAUGAGAAACAGAAUGUCCAGGCUUUUGCAUUCUGGAGGUAGGCAAUACUGUUUUAAUUGCUCCAAGUAUAAUUCAUAAGCAAAACAAUCAAAAUUAAGAUUUUAAAAGUGAGAACAGUUGCUGAGAGUAUUAUAGGUUGUGGUGAUUGUGUUUCUGUGCACUAAUGAGGUUGAAGGGCUUGAAGGUAUUUGAAUAGAUAAAUCUACAACAUAAAGCCAUGAAUUUUUUUUUUCUUUUCUUUUUUUUUUCCGUCUGGAUUAAAACCAGGAUUGAGGGUUUGCUUUAACUCAUCUAGAAUUAGCAAGUUUAGAUGUUUGGGUUGAUUUUUUUUACAGGCUGACCUUAACCAUCGAGACAGUGUAAACCAAAGGAGCAGCCGCUGGGUUAGGUGCUGGAAAGCAUCUCUGACAUUUCCCACUGUAUUAAUGGAACAUUUCCAAGAGCUGUCUGAAGUUACAAGGUUUCCAGUUCUUGUUCAGUUUCUGGUGUAGGGAAAUGCUUAAUUUCUGCUAUGGUUGUCCUUUUCCGUCUGGCUAUUUUUAUUGCUCCCUUCUCCCUCCCUGUGCCAUUCACUUUCUACCUGAUGAAAGGGUUAUGCUAGUGGGGUAAGAAGUAGCUGACCUCUGCAGUAUUUCUGUCAGCUUAAAUCAUGUCAGCUUUGAACGUGAUCCCAUGUGACCCUGGUGAUAGCAGGUUUGUCAUAUCUUGAAGUAAUCUUAUGCUUGCAAUGCCAGUAACUUUCUAGGAGCUUCUUUCCAGGCAAGAAAUGAAGUACUGUUUUUUAUUUUGCCUUUUCCUGGCCAAUGCUUUUCUUUCUUUCAUAAUCAUUAUUGGGUAUUUACAGCUUUUUUGGCUGCAUGUGUCAGGCCUUCUUUUUACAGUUAAGUUGACUGGUGGUAAUGGCUGCAUGACAUAGUUGGCAAGCUGCUGUAAAGGACUUUGGUGCUUCAGUCUUCUGUGAAGCUUUAUGUAUGUCGUUUUGAAUGUCUGAUUAUGUGUUACAGUUUACCUAGUCACGUCAGAAAGUCAGCAGUUUGCUAUAAUGCAGCAAUGGGUGAGCUAAUCAGCUGACUUUUUUGUUCCCGACUAUAAAUAUUUAUAGCAAAUGGUACAAGGGAAAGGCAUAGCUGAUUUUCAGAAGUAUUUUUUCUUUGACUGGUAAAGGUUGUUAGUCUUUUCAUUUUGUUUUGGAUUUAAAAAUUAGACUCUCUUCGACCAAAAACUUCAGAUUUUUUUUUCUACUUAGAAGUGUUGGGUAGAUUUAGUCAUUAGAUGAAGGACUACUUUCUACCCUUUCCACAUAAAGUCUUGCAAUUACAUCUGGAGGAAAAGUAUCUCUAGUUUUUCUACUAUCUUGAACAAAAUUCUUUUCAUAGAAGAAAUACUUCUAAUGUACUUUUAGGGAUAUUAUAAUAUUUUGAUGGCACUAAAAGUUUUUUGUAUGGCUGCAUGUUAAAGUAUUAGGAAGCAAUAACUGUUUAGUGUGUAUUCAAAGCCAUUCCAUCCUAUUUUAGAAUUUAAUUAAAGAAAUAGCUGGUUCUGAAAAUUGUCUCCCUCUGGACUGUUGACUAGGACUUUAAUUCCUGUGAAACUUCCACAAAGUAAGAUUUGUCCUGGAGUAGGAAGUCUAUGUUUUUGUUUUCCAGUUCCUGUAGAAGAAGGUUCAGGAACUGGGCUAGGAAUAGUUAACUUCAGAAAACAAAUUUUCACUACCACAUCAGUUAUAAUUAUUUAUGUAUAUGGUUCUGUUUACUAGAUUGUGGUUGAGUAUGAUGUAGUGUUUACCAAUUUGAAACUUAGUUGUAAAGCUUGAAGGAUUUUCCCAGGUUUUCAAUCACUAGAGUUUUAAGUUGGUUUAUAGGUAACCAAAACAUGUAUAUACUGUACUGUGGAUUAAGCUUUCAGGAUUCAAAGCAGUUUGUAUAAAUAACUCUGGCAUCCCCAGUUAGCCUGUGAGAUUUUUUUUAUCCAACAUUAGAUCUUAUGUUUUCAUUAGGGAAAUUUUCGCAUCUGAUAACCUUGCUGGUUUGUAUGACUUUAAAAUAGAACUGCUUUCCCUGAAAAAAAGCACAAACAACCAGUUUUUUAAAAAGAUACUCUUGGAAGUUGUCACUUGGGAUGCUGAACUGGAAAACAAUAUGUCAUACAUGAAAGAGUAAAAGAUUUUAGAUAGCCGGAGGCACUGCUUAAGGUGUAAUUGCUAAGCCUUUUGCAAAGGGCCAGUCCUCCUUAAGGUACAGGAGGAUGAGAUGGUAGAAGCAGCACUGCUGUAUCAGUAGCAGUGGCCAGUUCUUACUGCUGUCAAAGGAUGAGCAUUCUGCUGUCCUGGUGAAUGUUUUUUUGUAUAAUGUCAAGUUUAAUAUACUGCUGUUUUCCAUAUUGUGUGGGGUAUUCAUGUGGUUUUGCCACAUUUAGAAUGCUGGUUGUCACGGUGUUUUGCUCUCUACAAGCUUUUUGGAUAGGUUGCUUUUGGUACUGAGGCAGUGGUUGUUGCUGUCACAUAUUGCUGCUUAUUCUAAAUUUUGAACACAGACCUUAUUCCUGCAAGUGUAAAUUUACUUAGGUAAAUAGUUCCUGCAAAUAAUUUACUGCUAUGUUUAAAAAUGUUAAUGAUAAGUAAUAUUUUGGAAUUAAUAUAGCCUACGGAAUGAAGAAUACAGAAGUCUUUUUUAUGGUUUUGUUUAAACAGACUCACAAGUACCUUGAAAAAGAAUGGUUUUGACCUAUGAACAGCUUCUGAGACUAGAGUAUGUAAAAUGAAAGGUCAGUUUGCUUCUGGUUUAAUCUGCACUGGACUAGGGGAACCCCCUCACAGUAAAGAAUUUCUUCCUCACAUCUAACCUAAACCUUCCAUCUUACAGUUUAAAGUUAUUGCUUCUUGUCCUAUCACUACAUGCCCUUGUAAAAAGUCCCUUUCCAUCUUUUUUGGAGGCCCCCUCUAGGUAAGCUACUAUAAAGUCUCCCCAGAGCCUUUUCAUCUUCAGGCCGAACAGUCCCAAUUCGUGUAGCUUGUCUUCAUAGGAGAGUUGAUCACCCCAGUCAUUUUUAUUGCCCUGCUCUGGACUUGCUUCAGGAAGUCCACAUCCCAUUUAUGUUGAGAGCCCCAGAACUUACAUCAGUAAAAUUUCCUCUGAAUCCUGUUACAAUGUCUGACCAGAAUUAUUACUGCCUUGAAGAGACUGAGCAUCUGGGUGUUCAUCUAAUACAACACUGUUACAGUGAAUGCAGCUUUCUGAUUUGGAACUUCACGCUUCUGGAGAAAUUUCCCAUGAAGACACUGCCUGUUUCCGCUGUGUAGGAUUUUGAGAUACUUUACACUUGAAGGGUAAUUAGAGAAACCUAGGACACCUGUUAACUUGAGUCAAGCUGGAAUUCUGGUGAAAAGCUAAGCAUUUGCUUCCUGGCUGCUGGGAAAAGAUUCUGCUUUCAGGUUAUCAGAAAUGGCAAUUUGAAGAAUCAUCUUUCGAUAUGAACAAAGUAAAAACAUCAUCUGAAAAAAGCAUUUCUGCCAAUUCUCGGACUAUGUCCCUGCUGUCACAGUUGGAGAAGAUCAAUUUGGACUCUGUAUUAGGAGAAUCAGACAAUGCCAGAUAUGUUACCUCCAAGAUCCUUCAUCUGGUUCAGAGUCAAGAAAAAACCAGGAAGGAGAUGACUUCUAAGGGCUCCACUGGAAUAGAAAUUAUCCUGGCAACCCUAGAGAAUACAAAAGAUCCUCAAACUAUUCUAAAUAUAUUGAAUAUUCUCAUUGAGGUAAUCUCAGUUGGUGGCGGUCGGAGAGCAAGCGUCUUAGUUACCAAAGGAGGGACACAGGUCUUACUACAGCUGCUUUUGACUGCCAGCAAAGACUCUCCACCAAAUGAAGAAUUAAUGGUGCUUCUUCAUACUCUUCUUGCAAAAAUUGGUCCAAAAGACAAAAAGAUUGGCAUGAAAGCAAGAAUAAAUGGUGUCCUAAACAUACCAUUGAAUUUAGUGAAGCAGAAUUUGCAGAACCACAGGCUAAUAUUGCCAUGUCUUCAAGUAUUAAGAGUUUACUCAACCAACUCUGUAAAUGCAGUAUCUUUGGGAAAGAAUGGAGUAGUAGAACUGAUGUUUAAGAUCAUUGGCCCUUUUAGUAAAAAGAACACUAGCCUUAUGAAGGUUGCUUUAGACACACUUGCUGCAUUGCUAAAAUCAAAAACAAAUGCCAGGAGAGCAGUAGACAGAGGAUAUGUGCAAGUGCUUUUAACGAUUUAUGUUGAUUGGCACCGUCAUGAUAGUCGUCACAGAUACAUGCUGAUACGUAAAGGAGUUUUGCAGUGCAUUAAAAGUGUUACAAACAUCAAACUGGGAAGAAAAGCAUUCAUUGAUGCCAAUGGGAUGAAAAUUCUUUACAACACUUCACAAGAGUGCCUUGCAGUAAGAACUCUUGAUCCUCUCGUCAACACAUCCAGCCUAAUAAUGAGAAAAUGUUUUCCUAAAAAUCGUCUUCCUUUACCAACUAUUAAAAGUGCUUUCCAUUUCCAACUCCCAAUUAUUCCUGCCAGUGGUCCUGUGGCUCAGCUGUACAGUUUGCCUCCUGGUGUGGAUGAUGUAGUAGAUGAAAGUGAUGAUAACGAUGAUGCUGAAACAGAAUCUGAAAUUGAAACUGAAAAUGAUGAUGACAAAGACCAACAUUUUAAGAAUGAUGAUAUUGAGACUGAUAUUAAUAAACUGAAACCUAGACAGGAAUUGGGAAGACCCAUAGAAGAAUUGAAAAUGUAUGAGCAGUUUUUCCCAGAACUUUCAGAAAACUUUCAGGAAUGGGACUUAGUUUCCAAGGAACCAAAGCCUUUUGUACCUGAUGCAAAUCUGAGUGGACCUAUCGUUGUUCCUACAGCCAGCGAGGAGCACUCUGCUGAAGCAAACCAGUCAACGAAAGGGGUUGCUUUGAAGGAAAGCAAUCCUUUUUUGAGAGAGGAAUAUAAUAGAAGGCCAGUCUUUCUGGAACUACCAAAGAAAGAUGGUAUGAAAGACAGUAGUUCACAUCACCAAAAUGAUCAAAGAAACAUGCUUCCAUCAUGCCAGUGUCUAAGCCAAGAAAUUGUAAAAGGCUUGGACAGAAUCAGUCUGCAGAACAGUGCAAAAAAUGAUCAGUAUUAUGGUCCAGGGUGUGUAGUAAAGAAGGAAAGCAUAGCUAGCCUUACCACACUUGCUUGUAGUAAGCCUUGUGAACAUGUUUCACCCUGUGGAAGUAGCCUAUUUGAAGGAUCAUCUGUCCAACUGGGAAAACUCUGCUGCACUGGAGUGGAUUCAGAGGAGGAGGAGGAUUCCAGAUCUAGUUCAUCAGGGGAACAAGUCAUGCUUGAGGUUUCCGAUGUAUCAUCAGUUCAUGACUGUGAUCUUUAUAUCGAAAUGGUAAAAACCACAAAAUCUAUUCCGGAAUAUUCAGAAGUGGCCUAUCCAGAUUAUUUUGGCCAUAUUCCACCCCCAUUUAAGGAACCUAUUCUGGAAAGGCCAUAUGGGGUGCAGAGGACAAAAAUCUCUCAAGAUAUUGAAAGGCUGAUUUAUCAAAAUGACAUUAUAGACAGAGUUGUGUAUGACCUUGAUAAUUUGAGUUGUUCCGUACCAGAGGAGGCAGAUGUUUUGAAGUUUAAUUCCAAAUUUGAAUCUGGAAACCUGCGCAAAGUUAUUCAGAUCAGAAAAAAUGAGUAUGAUCUAAUUCUGAACUCGGAUAUAAAUAGCAAUCAUUAUCAUCAGUGGUUUUACUUUGAAGUCAGUGGAAUGAAAACUGGCAUUGGUUACCGAUUUAACAUCAUCAACUGUGAAAAGUCAAACAGUCAGUUUAACUACGGUAUGCAGCCCCUCAUGUAUUCUGUUCAAGAAGCACUAAAUUCUCAACCAUGUUGGACUCGUGUUGGGACGGAUAUUUGUUACUAUAAGAAUCACUUUUCAAGAAGUUCAAUUGCUGCUGGAGGUCAGAAAGGAAAAUCCUAUUACACAAUUACGUUCACAGUGACUUUCCAGCAUAAAGACGAUGUGUGCUACUUUGCUUACCAUUAUCCAUAUACAUACUCAACUUUAAAGAUGCAUCUUCAGAAGCUGGAAUCUAUGCACAACCCUCAACAGAUAUAUUUUAGACAAGAUGUUCUCUGCGAGACCCUGGCUGGCAACAGUUGUCCAUUAAUCACUAUUACAGCCAUGCCAGAAUCCAGUUACUAUGAACAUGUCUGUCAGUUCAGGAAUCGUCCUUAUGUUUUCCUGUCUGCGCGUGUACAUCCUGGAGAGACUAAUGCAAGCUGGGUUAUGAAGGGAACACUGGAAUACCUUAUGAGUAAUAGUCCAAAUGCCCAAUGUUUACGGGAAUCUUAUAUUUUCAAAAUUAUUCCCAUGCUCAAUCCAGAUGGUGUCAUCAAUGGAAACCACCGUUGCUCUUUAAGUGGAGAAGAUUUAAACAGACAGUGGCAAAAUCCAAAUCCAGAUCUGCAUCCCACUAUUUACCAUGCUAAAGGGUUACUGCAAUAUCUGGCUGCUAUAAAACGUUUACCUUUGGUCUACUGUGAUUAUCAUGGUCAUUCUCGUAAAAAGAAUGUAUUUAUGUAUGGCUGCAGCAUCAAAGAGACAAUGUGGCAUACGAGUGUUAAUGCUGCCUCUUGUGACCUGAUGGAAGACCCUGGUUACAGGGCACUCCCCAAGAUCCUGAGUCAGAUUGCCCCAGCAUUCUGCAUGGGCAGCUGCAGCUUUGUAGUGGAAAAGUCCAAGGAAUCGACAGCACGGGUUGUUGUCUGGAGAGAGAUAGGAGUACAAAGGAGCUACACAAUGGAAAGCACGUUAUGUGGAUGUGACCAGGGCAAAUAUAAGGGAUUGCAGAUAGGGACGAGAGAACUGGAAGAGAUGGGAGCAAAAUUCUGUGUUGGCUUACUGCGUUUAAAAAAAAUGGCCUCAUCCUUGGAAUACAAUUUGCCUUCUAGUCUGUUGGAUAUUGAAAAUGAGCUGAUUGAGUCAAACUGUAAAGUGACAAGCCCCACUACGUACAUUCUGGAUGAAGAUGAGCCUCGCUUCCUUGAAGAAGUUGAUUACAGCGCAGAGAGCAAUGAGGAUCAAGAUGUUGAAUUAGCUGAUAAUGUGGGUGAUUAUGAAGCAACUAAUCAAGAUGAUGGACUUUCAGACUCAGAUUCAACAAGGAUACUCCUUUCUUGAACCAGCUUUGCCUCCAGUAAUAGGAAAUAAAGUAUCCUGGAUUUCCAUAGUAAUACACUUCCUUGCUGUUUUCUACAAAGGGGAUAAAGCUUCAGUUUAUGCAAAUAACUGGGGCCUGCCUAGCUCAAGGAUAAUAACUAUUUCUGACAAAUUUCCAUUUGUUUUAUUUAAGGAAUUCUGUGUUUUCUUUUAGCACUGAAUAGAUAAAUUUAUUUACUAGUUCAUUUUUUACUAAAUAGUACUGCGUGGCAUUUUGUGUCCUUAAACCCUAUCUUAAGAAAAAUGGAUUAUAAUUUAUGGUGUGUCAGAGUACAGAAGGUAAUUUUUUGUGGUAUGGUUCUUUGAGUUGCUUCCUAAAAAAUACGUAUGUACAGAUUUUAUAAAUUAAUUUGUGUACGUGUGUGUAUAUGCGCGUGUGUAUACUGAGCUGAAGAGGUUAUUUUUCACCAUUAUUUCAAAGAUACUUGAUUGUGUUUGAAGCAAUGUAGUGCCUGCUCUGAAACCAUUCAAUAAUUACUAAAUUAAAAAUGAGAACUUGAUGUAUGAAUUUUCA